CCUUCUCCUACCCUUUCUCUCUGUGUCGCGGCGCUGGGUUGGAGCCGCUGUCCCUGGUCUGGCACGUUCCCUUACAUUUUUGUGUUAAAUUUGAUGCCCCCCCCUUUUUUUGAUUCGACAAUUUGCGACGGCAUUUAAAAUACCUACACGGGCAUCUCCAUACCGGUGUUUUUUUAAUAAGCAUUUGUCAAAUAUACCCUUUAUCCUGUAAAAUGGCGGUGUUAAGCGGGUCGUCUGGGCCGGUUGCCCGGCUUGAGGGCCGUGAAUUCGAAUACUUGAUGAAAAAGCGCUCGGUGACUAUCGGUAGGAACUCGUCUCAGGGCUCCGUGGAUGUGAGCAUGGGUCAUUCCAGUUUUAUUUCUCGAAGACAUCUCGAAAUAUUCACUGUUAGUGACGAUAGCACUGGUGGUGGAGACUUCUACUUGCGAUGCCUCGGCAAAAAUGGGGUGUUCGUGGAUGGAGUGUUCCUCAGACGGGGUGCCCCUCCUCUACAACUACCACGAAUGUGCAUUUUCAGGUUUCCCAGCACAAACAUCAAGAUCACAUUCACAGCCCUGUCCAGUGGAAAGAGGGAGAAGCGUGAGGCGCCUGAGUCUCCAGUAAAACCAGUCCACAUAUCUCCACUCACCAUAAACAUUCCAGACAACAUCGCCCACCUCAACAGCCCCCUGCCCUCACCCACCGGCACCAUCAGUGCUGCCAACUCGUGCCCCUCCAGUCCCAGGGGAGCGGGCUUGUCCGGCUACAGGAUGGGUCGCAUCGUCAGCUCUGCAGAGCUACAGCUCAUAAACGACAACUCCCAGUCAGAGAACGACAAGGAGGCCUCCGGAGGGGACAGCCCCAAGGAUGAUUCCAAACCGCCAUACUCAUAUGCACAACUGAUAGUCCAAGCCAUUACAAUGGCACAGGACAAGCAGCUCACGCUAAACGGAAUAUAUACGCACAUCACCAAAAACUACCCCUACUACAGGACUGCAGACAAAGGCUGGCAGAACUCGAUCCGUCACAAUCUGUCACUGAACCGCUACUUUAUUAAAGUAGCCAGAUCGCAGGAGGAACCAGGCAAGGGCUCGUUCUGGAGGAUAGACCCGUCCUCAGAGGGCAAGCUCAUGGAGCAGGCCUUCAGGAAACGAAGGCCGCGGGGUGUGCCCUGCUUCAGGACCCCCCUCGGACCACUCUCCUCCAGGAGUGCCCCAGUCUCCCCUAAUCACUCUGGGGUGCUCUCGGCUCACUCGAGUGGGGUGCAGACCCCUGACAGCCUAUCCCGAGAGGGUUCCCCUGUCCCCAUGGAACCAGAGCCCGCUCCUCCGGCCCUGCCCCCUGCCACAGCAGUCCAGCCCAAACUAGCUGUCAUCCAGGAGGCCCGCUUUGCACAGAGUACACCAGGCUCCCCUCUCAACAGCCAGCCGGUGCUCAUCACGGUUCAGCGUCAGUUACCUCAGACCCUAAAGCCGGUGACCUAUGCCAUGGCCACGCCUGUGACUACCAGCACCAACCAGAACCAGCAGCCCGUCAUGCAGACGAUGCACGUCGUCCACCAGAUCCCUGCCAUGUCUGUCACCAGCGUGUCCGGGCUCAGCACCGCCAACACCUACACAGUGGCCACCCCCACCAUGGUCACCCUCCAGGCUGAGCCCCAGGAGAACGGAGACUACUCAGAGGCCAAAGUAAAAGUAGAAUCUGUUCCAACCAUCUCCCACGCCUCUAUAGGCGGUGGCAGUCGCAUCAUCCAGACGACCCAGUCGGCCACGCCCUUACAGACGCUAACCUUAGUGCAGCAGCCCCUGGGCCAGCACCAGCUCCCCAUAAAGACCAUCACACAGAACGGCACCCACCUGAUGCCAAUGCAGGCUGCUGCAGCCACAGCUGUUGCGAGUCCUCUCCACUUGCUGGCCACUCACGCCUCCGCUUCAGCCUCCCUCCCGACCAAACGACAGAACGGAGCCCAGGUGGCCAGCGAUCAGCCCAACGUUAAGCGCAUCAAAACAGAGGAAGGGGACAGCGCCACCCGCGCAGCAGACACUGACUCGUCGGCAGCCAAUGACCAAGCCAGCCACCACAACUAGUCUUCUGCAUCAUCACCACAGUCUUGUUUUUUUUUUCUCUCCUUUCCUACCAUUUAUUUCUCCCUUCUUCCAUUGACUCCCAAGGUGCCAAAAGGAGAAGAUUUUCAGUUGGUUUAAUCAUUGUAGAGGAUAGGAAAUUAUGACCACCCCUUCAAAAAAAGACUGAAGAGAACAUUUAGUUGAGAUUUGAAAAAAGGACAACUAGGACAAAGAAGAACUCAAAUUUGAAGGUCCCCCUGUGAGACAUCGCCACGGAGGAGGAGGAGGAUGACGACUACUCCAAGACCACAGGAAGCCUUAACAACAAUGAAUCUUUAACAUGAUGAGCCAAACUAUGACCACCUGCAGCGAGCAGUUUGACUGAGGCCCAUGUUAGCCCGGCGGUCGCACGGCACCUCUGUCUCAACUACCUCAGUGCAGAUUGGGGGCCACGGUCAAGGGCACCACUCAACGGACCCAUGGGAUGACCAACUAGCAGCAUGACAAGCAUUUGACGCAGACAUGAAAUAUCAAUGAGUGCAUUCAGAAAAAGGGAUCAAAACAGUCAGAGCCAAUUCCUGGACCUUUGGCAGCUAGCCUUUCAUAUACUGACCUAUAGCCUUAUUGCAGCUCUAAGUAGUAAUGCACUAUUUUGUUGUUCAUAUGUGGACCAUAGGAUCUGUUUCAGAUGUAUUUUCAUUUAUAUAGGUAAAAAAAGUGCUAAUAAUUGAAAUAAAGAAAGCAUUACAGCAGUGGGGUCUGACAUUUCAAUCACUCCACCUGAACUUCAUCAUUCUCGCUGUUACUUUGUAUGUGGACUUUUUUUCUGUUCAGUGUCGUUUCUUUUUUACAAUUCUAUCAAUAGAGUGUGUGUGUGUCCCUGUCAAAUCCAUGUUCUGUCAUAUCUAAAUCAAUUUGCUUUGUUACAUAUUUUCAUACUUGCACAGAUAACCAGUAAGAUAUAAACCAUAUUAAUUCCAUGUGUAGUUGAUCAGAUGCCUCAUUGAGCUUUCAUGUAACAGACUACAGAAAAGUACCCGAGCCGUUAACGCUUGAAUCCUUAGUUGAAACUAUACCAAAGGAGUCACUCCACCUCUGUUUUUGGUCAAAAGCUGAGGGAUGGGCCUGGAGAAAUGUAACCACUCUCAGAUUGACAGGCGGGGCUAUGGAUGCCAGGACUGACUAUCCAUGAUAUCACAAUUGUGGUUUUAACCAUGUUUUGAGACUAUACCGUGCUUUACAUUUCCAUUGUUUACAAACAUUGGCGUUGAACAUUGUUUAUAUUCUGAUGGGGUACGAGAGUUGAACUAAGCUCAUUAGGCCUUUUAUAAGUUAUUAUUCAAGAAUCGAUGGGUAUAUAUAUCAUUCAUUUAAGUCAGAAAAUGGAUGUAGCAACUAAGGAUUCUAGCUUUAACUGUACAUUUAACAGAAGAAAAGUGCUGUUUAAAACCAGACCAGAUCUGCACUUGGUAAAAUGUUAAUUGUUUUUCUCUUGUUAUCCUUGGCUGUGGUGACUUUGUGGUGUGGAAAGACCCUUUGCUUGAUUAUUUUAUUCUGUUCUGACAACCUGAUGAGUCUGUCUUCAGAUUGUAUAUGUUUUAAACUAAAGAAGAUACAAGUGAUGGAUAUUUGUUCCACUUCAGUGGAUAAAUGAUUUUUUUUAUUUUAUAUAAAUUAAUUUAAAACCUUUCA